GAAAUCGCGCUAUACUAUUAAUCUCUGUCUUAUUACAUUUUACGGCUGAACGUGAAAGUUUGAAAUUAUUUUGUUAAGUAGGCCACCCCCUUUAAAUUAGAGAAUGUCUAGAUUAGAUUACAGUAAAUGGGAUCAUAUUGAGAUCUCUGAUGAUGAGGAUGACACUCAUCCAAACAUUGAUACUCCAUCACUGUUUCGAUGGAGGCAUCAAGCAAGAUUGGAGAGAAUGGAGCAAGCCGAGAAAGAAAAACAGAGUCUCCAAUCAACUGUGCAAAGCCAUCAACAAAAAAUGGCCGAGAUUAAGCAAAAGAUAAAAGAAGCUGAAGAAAAAAACUUAUCUGAUGAGUUGGAAAAGCUAAAGACAAGUGAAGCUGAACUGUUAAAACAAGACCAAGAAUUUGCAAAAAAAGAGGAAGAAUUGAAAAAGAAAGAAAGACUCACACCCUGGAAUGUUGAUACAAUCUGUCACGAUGGGAAGUCAAAAACAAUUAUCAAUAAAGAUAUAAAACCGUCUGACGAAGAAUUAAGUGACGAGCAGCGCGCAGAUCGCCAAAAAGAACAUGAGGCGAAAUAUAAAUCUCACAUAAGAAAAUUCGGCAUGAUGAGACGAUACGAAGACUCUGAGAAAUACCUUAAGGAAAAUAUUGAUUUAGUUUGCGAAGAAACAGCAAAUUACUUAGUGCUAUGGUGCAUUGAUCUUGAAUGCCAAGAGAAAAAAGAGCUAAUGAAACACGUGUCUCAUCAAACAAUUGUAAUGCAAUUUAUUUUGGAAUUGGCGAAACAGUUAAAGGUUGAUCCGAAAUCCUGUGUUAACGCCUUUUUCUCCAGAAUAAGACUGGCUGAGAAACAGUAUAUGGAUGCAUUUAAUGACGAAUUAGAAUCAUUUAGAUCACGUGUCAAAGAACGAGCGAGAAUUCGAAUUGAAGAAGCAAUGAAAGAGGUUGAAGAAGAAGAACGACAAAAGAGACUUGGGCCAGGAGGUCUCGAUCCAGUUGAAGUGUUUGAAACCCUUCCAAAAAGCUUACAAGAAUGCUUUGAGCAAAAAGAUAUACCUCUACUUAAAAAGGUUAUAUCAGAAAUGGAUCCCAAAGAAGCUGAAGAGCAUAUGAAACGUUGUGUUGAUUCCGGCUUAUGGGUACCUGGUGGAAACGAUGAACCAGAUCAAGAAAUCGAGCCAGACGGUGAAGCCAUAGCCGAGCCAGAAGAAAACGAUUAUGAAGAGCCAACGAAAGCUUAA